AUGUCGCGAAGCCGGACGUUGUCUUGGAGCGCCCUCUACCGGCGAGCUGGGAACUCCAAUGUGGAGAAUUUGCCCCCUCAGGUCCUUCGCUUGGUGUAUAAAGAAGUUUCUGCUUUAGCUGCCGACCCCCCUGAGGGCAUCAAAAUUUAUCCCAGUGAUGAAGACAUCACUGAAUUGCACACUGCCAUUGAAGGACCAGAGGGAACUCCGUUCGCUGGUGGCAUUUUCCGAAUGCGUCUGGUCCUCGGGAAGGACUUCCCUGCUGUUCCACCCAAGGGGUAUUUCCUGACCAAGAUUUUUCACCCCAACGUGGGUCACAAGGGAGAGAUCUGUGUCAACGUUUUGAAGAGGGACUGGAAGGCAGAGCUUGGCCUCCGACAUGUUUUACUUACGAUAAAGUGUCUACUAAUUCAUCCAAAUCCCGAGUCUGCUUUGAACGAGGAGGCUGGGCGCUUACUGUUGGAGGACUAUGCAGAAUAUGCCUCCCGCGCUCGCCUGCUCACAGAAAUCCACGCCAUGGGAGGCCCUGGAGGGACCUCGGGGGCACCUCAGGAUCCUAGUGACGGGCCACAACCGAAGAAGCAUGCGGGCGACCCUACCAAGAGAGCAGCAGGACCUGGUGCAGCCUCGGUGGCAGUGUUGGGUAAUGGCGCCAACGGAGCCAGUACCACCACAAGCUGCAACAGCAGCAGCAGCAGCAGCAGUAGUAAUGUGGUGGGGAAAAAGAAAGCGGAUAAAAAGCGUGCAUUGAGGCGACUCUAAUACCUCAGCAGAUUUUCUGUGUGUUUGUGUGUGUUUGAGUGAGAAGAGAGAGUGUAAAUAUGAAUAUUGAAGUGUGCUGAUGACAAUUUUAUUUUAUUUUUUUCUGACUCUUUGUAUUCCCCAGACUGUCCAUUUUAUACUCAUUUGGUCUCACCCUUUUUCACCUUUUUCAUUAUUGUUGGCCAAUGCAGGUGUUUUUAGUUAUUCCUAUGCCUCGCAUCAAGAUCAAAUGUUUUAUUUUGUUUUAUUUUCCGAAGAAAAAAUACUCUUCACAAGUAACAGUACGAUCAAGUUGUAUUUGAUACUGUGUCUUAAGACUACUAUCAAGUUUACCUGAUUGUGGUUUUCCCCACCUUAAACGAGGCCUGUCGUGCCUCUCCGGUAAUCAGAGACAUAACUGCAUUAUUGUGUCAGCUCAGCGGUAAGAUUAAUGUCAGAUCUGUAAUCGUCAAUGUGGUUUGCACUGCCGAGAUGGUACCGUGUAUCGCUCAGCCAGGCUCACUGUGGGGAAAACUAAGCUUAAUCAGGAGGUAGUCUACUGUGUUUGGGUUUACGUUGCCUCAAUUGAAAUCAGGUUUUAAAUUUAGCUGCAAGGUUGAUGAAUUGUCAGCGGCUUAUGUAACUAAAUGGGUUUAUAAAAGUGUGAGGAAUCAAUUUUAUAUUUUAUCAUAAAGGAGUGACAUCUGAAUUGGUUGUGUUCAUGGAAUUGCGAACUGAAUGGAAACGUAUAGGCCAAGGUAGCAGUGGAGUAUAAGAUGUCCGAAGUUUCUUAAUGACACUCUCACCCAUUUUUCUAAAACUAUCUCAUUGUCCAGUAUUUUCAAAAGUGUUUUUCUAAACUGACGUGUCAAUAUUCAGCUGUCUUGGUGUGUGUGUAUGGCGAUCUAGAUCAGUGGCUGUUAAGGAACAGGGUAGACUGCGCAUACUUUAUAAAGAAUUAUUCACUUUUCAGUUAUUGUCAUUACGCAUAUAGUUAAUGUGACGAGCUUAAACUACCCUUACUUCCCUCCAAAACAGUGUGUGCUGUCAACAUACUCUGUUCCACCAGCCUCAUGGGUACUAGAGAACAUAUUUCAAUAGAACGAUUUCCACCUACAUCAUAGAGAUUUUCUCCCCGCCCGACGCACAGUUUCAUUUGGGUUUCUCAGGCAAGUUUUCCCUCUUGGUUCUUAAUGCAUGUUGGGGCCUACAUUUCCCAAGGAAACACUCUCUCUCAAGCGCUGUCAUUUACUUGGAUGGAAAAGUGCCUCUGAAACUCAUGUCAUUGUGCAGGUUGUUGGAUGGGUAUUUUUGUGUCCAUUUUAAGUUAUUUAAAUUAAUAAAAGAUGAAAUAUGGGAUGAGAACUGUAGAA